AUGUCGCUGACGCCGCUGCUCAUGACGCUCAGCGCGUCCCAAACUUCGGCGGCCUCGCUGUCGCCGGCGCCCAUGUCGUUCAACCAGACAUCUUUUGUCGGAAACACGCCGUCCACGGUGCUCUUCUUUUUGGCCAUGGCGGUUGCCGUGUUGAUCGCCUUGCUCUUUGUCUUCUUCACCUUGCGCUACUUUGUGCGCUCGCGAUAUGGCCUCCAUGUCUAUCCGCUUCUGAGCCGGGGCAUGAUGUUCUCGUCUGCUUUCACCGACACGGGCAUUUUCUCGUACACGCCGCUGAACCGCGAGAUCCACGAGCACUUGGACUACCUCCGAACACACCAUUUCCUUCGUGACGAGUUCUUGGAGCGCAGACGCCACCGCCGGCGCCGCGGCCGUUUCGCCAAGAUGAAAAAGUUGCAGCCGGCCGAGGUGGAGCUGUUGUUCCCGCCCAAACGCUACGCCGACUGGCUCAGCGAGGGCACGCCGGCCGAUCCCAAGGACGUUCUGCAGAACCUGGACGCGAGUCUGAAGGAGGAAGUGGACAUUCUGAACAUGGAAGUGCUUCUGGAAGAACUGAAGACAAGGCUGACUUCGGGCGAGCCCGAAACGCCAGCGCUUGAAGCGUCCGCGUCGGUGCCAAAGCCCUUGCUGGCCGAGAGCGGCAUUGAACUCACCAACUUGACGCACCACGAGCCGCAUUUCGACCUGGGCACCUGUGCCAUUUGUCUCGAGGUUUUUGGCGGCGACGACAUCGUCCGCGGCUUGGUAUGUGGCCACGUAUUCCACGCUGCAUGUGUGGAUCCGUGGUUGAUCCAGCGCCGCGCCUGCUGCCCCAUCUGUAAGCGGGACUACUAUAAAGAAGUACACGAACGGGAGGCUCAUCUCCAAGCGUCCAGAACCGGCGAAAGCCGCGACGCUGGCGACCAGGGAAAUGACCCUGACCCUGACAUAGACAUUGUGGCGGCCCAUGUUGCAGGCCGCGAGAACAGCGCCAGUCCUGUUGCAGGUGCAAGCCAAGUAUCGUCUUCUAAUGCUCCUAAUGCUAGUUCGCCUCCUGCCGGAGAUCUGGAAAACUCCAAUGAUGCCGCGGGCUCCUCUCAAGACGACCCAUUGCGCCGCGUGGUGGAGGCCAACGAAGCCAACGAGGCGCCUGCCGAUACCGACGAUUUAGAGACGCUCAACUACGACUUUCUUCGCUCGGACCCCAAUCUCCGUGCGUUGCUCACCGAACUCAUCCCUCUUUCUGAACGUGUUCGUGUUUUGCUUGAAGAACAUCCCCAGCUUGACUUGGAAGCCCGUGCCCGCGCAACGGCCGACCACAAGUAUCGUCUGGCGUUGCGCAAGAUCUUCUGGCAUCUCAUGGGAAUUUCCAAGACCGAUCUUUUCAACUGGGCUGUGAUUCUGCUUUUCCAGCAAUCGCAGGCCCAGACGGAGAAUGCGCAAGAAGGACAGGAGAUGCAAGAGAGACAUGAGCACGAGAGAAACGAAGAAGAGAGACAUGAAGAGAGACAUGAAGAGAGACAUGAACAAAAUAUACAAGAGCAAGAGAGGCCACAGGAGCCACAACAGGAGAGACAAUGCUCCGGAAGACAAGACGCACACGAUCGCCAAGAGAAUGCAAGAGAAGAAGCGCACGAACGACUGAUGGCCAGAGCAGACAGUGAGAUUGACGUUUCAGAAGCUGUGCUCCGUGAAACAGUGGAACGAAGAGUAUGA